AUGACCGAAAUCGACUUUACAAAAUUCUUCAACAUUGUCGGCGGUGCUCUGCGCUCUUCCGACACAUUCUACUCUGGUACGAAUGCGGCAACGGGUGAAUCACUAUGGGACGCUCCAGUUGCGACUGAGAAGGAUGUCGAUGAUGCUGUUGCUGCCGCACAAAAGGCAUUUCCUACCUGGGCCACCAAGGCAUACAAACAACGGACCGAAUUACUCGAAAAUUUUCAUGACUUGUAUUUAGCCCAUGCCCAUCAAUUCAUUGAGCUUCUCAAGGCAGAAACUGGAAGAGGAGACCAGGUUACGGCCAUUGAGGUCCAUUGGGCGGCCAGCUGGCUGAAAUAUCCAUCAAAAUACGAAAUUCCCGAAAAGAGACAGGAGGACGAAGAAAAGGUUUCAGUCACUAGCUAUGAACCUCUUGGAGUGGCAGUUGCCAUAUGUCCAUGGAAUUCAAUCGGCAAGAUCGCACCAGCUCUGGCAACAGGAAACUGCGUAAUUGUGAAACCUUCGCCAUUUACACCGUAUUCAGCUUUGAAACUAGUCGAAUUGGCACAGCAUGUGUUUCCCCCGGGUGUUGUUCAGGUUCUCGGGGGAGACGAUCAACUGGGGCCCCAACUCGUCCGUCAUCCAGGGAUCCAGAAAAUCUCAUUCACCGGUUCAACAGCCGCUGGCAAGAAGGUUAUGGAAGCCUGUGCAGGCACAGUGAAACGGCUGACUCUAGAAAUGGCCGGAAAUAACGCAUCGAUUAUUCUUCCCGAUGUCGACGUCGAGAAAACGGCACCUUUAGUAGCUGCGGGACUAUGGUUUAACGCUGGCCAAGUCUGUCUUGCGAGCCGACGGUUGUAUAUCCACGAAUCCAUCUACAAGCAGUUUGUCGAUACCCUUACAAAAGCGACGAACAUUAGUGCCGAGGAUCUCGUGGCCAGCGUCGGCCCUGUACAGAAUCAAAUGCAGCUGGGAAAGCUGAAGACGCUCUUCCAAGAGAUGAGUGACCGUGGGUAUCGAUUUACAACCGAAAAAUCUGGAGUGAAAGAAGGGCCAGGGUUUUUUGCAUAUCCGACCAUUGUGGAUAAUCCUCCAUCGGAUUCCUCCAUCAUCAAAGAUGAACAAUUUGGCCCUAUUAUUCCGUGCAUUGCAUUUUCAGACGCUGAGGAGGCAAUCCGGCUUGCCAACGACAGCGAAAGCGGGCUGGCGGCGAGUAUUUGGACGAACCAAUCCGACGUUGCUGAGAGAAUCGCAAAGAGAUUAGAGGCAGGCAAUAUUUUCAUCAACGGGCCUCCCAAGCCUGAUCCUUUUGUUGCCUUUGGAGGAGCAAAGUUCUUGAACAGAGAUAGGCUGUAUGUUGCUCAUGCCGCUGCCUUUUCCCUCUUGGCACUGAGCCUAUACAAUCAUGGCAAUAAUCACGCCCCGUCAUAUCUCGAUAUUGACCUCAAAUACCCUGCUCCGUAUUUCGGAAUGGGUGUACGAGUACGAGACAGCCUCACCCCUACUAGGGUAGCACUGGCUGGCCUGUUUGUUGUCUUUGCCAUUCCUCGUAUUCUGGGUCUUUUGAAAGCACUCUUUUCGCCUCUCCAACGAGUCCCUGGACCGUUUCUCAACAAGAUUACAUCAUGGCCAUUCACCAUUUCAGUUCUGAAUGGCGCAAGCCAUCGAUUUACAGAUGAUCUUCACAAGCGAUAUGGACCUAUUGUCGCGCUGGCUCCUGACAUGAUUUCCGUCUCGGAUGAUGCCGAGGUAAAGAAGAUUAUCCAGACCCAGGACUGGCACAAAUCAGAGGCUGUAUAUGGCAACUUUAGACAGGAUCCGGAAAGGCCAACUCUGAUAGCCUUUACCGAUAAAUCUAUGCAGCCGCUCAUGCUGGAUUGCAUCAGCGUGGCCAUCGAUAAGCUAGAGAAGCAAUGCAGUGACAAGCCAGUUGAGAUUGACAUGCAAAAUCUCAUUCAGAGCCUGGCUGUCGACAUAAUUGGAAUCACUACCUUUGGCCAGAGCUUCAAUGUCGUGGAGAACGGCUCCCACCCUCUUCCUGACCAGAUCAAGAAGGCGUUGAAAUUGGCCGGUUUGCUGAUGCUUGUGCCUUGGAUUCGCCAUAUUCCAUUUUUGCCAGCUCGUGACCCAUACGUUGAUAAGUUUACUUCUGACGCUGUUGAGAACCGAAAGGCUAUUCUCAAGACGAGCAACAAACAAGAUCUGCUGCAGAAGCUAGUGGAAGCAGGCGAUGAUUCGGAAGGCUCAAUAUUUCGCCGAUCAGACAUUCAAGAUGAGGCCAUUAUUCUCUUGACUGCAGGGAGUGAAACUACAGCCAAUGCAGAGCUCUUUACCCUCAUCAUGCUGACCAAGAAUAAGGACAAGAUGGCCAAGCUGGUGGCUGAAGUUGAUCAGUGGUAUCCUCCCUCUGAGCUGGAAAAGCCUGUGGACUGCGAAUACAGCUUUCUUGGUAUGACCUAUCUACAAGCUUGCAUUGACGAAACAAUGCGCCUUGUGCCUGGUCAAGCCACUGGCAGUCCACGUGAGUGUCUCAAAGAUGAGAAAAUCCUCGGUUACACCAUUCCCAAGGGAACGACCGUUUUCCCAUCCACUCAGAAUGUUCACAUGGACGAAAAGGUGUGGCCAAACGCGACCGAAUUCCUUCCAGAGCGCUGGCUAGACAUUUACACAAGUGGGAAAACGAACGAGGUCGCUUUUUGGCCCUUUUCCGCCGGCAGUCGAGUGUGCAUUGGAAAGCAUUUUGCGCUGCAGGAAAUGCACAUGACUCUUGUCAGUCUCUUUAGACGCUUCGAGUUUGAGUAUAUCCCGCAGCAGGAUGAGACUACAGUGUUUCGGGUUGCUCAGCAGCUUCAGGCUCACCGAUACAUGAUCAAGGUGAAGCGCCGCAGCUUUUAA